AUGACUACUGGCAUUACGACUUUACGAGACGCUCUCACACAGGAGAAGCCACGCAUCCAUCGCUACGCAACCAAUACGAAUACCUAUAGAAACGAUGAUGCAUGGCCCGAACUGAACGGACAUAUGAAGUUGUGGGUUGAUUUCAAAAUCGGGGCGCUCAACAAGCAGUAUGGCAGCAUACUGGAUAAGGAAUUCCCGGAAGGUGUCGCGGUUCCGCAAGCUUUUGAUCAGCUUAAAAACCUCGCCAUAAAGGAAGUGAAGGACAUCAAGAGAAUCAUCGCUUGGAACGUGUCCAUUCUUGAGCCCGCUCUGGCCUUCGGCCAGUCUGAGUUGCAGCACCAAGGGCCACGCCUUGUUCAUGAUCAUGUGAAGCCCCAGAUCCCCGGUCCCAGCUCACAAGCCAGGGUAGACCACCUGAUCAAAGUCGUAGAUGCCCCGCCUCGGACCCUCGUGGUGGGCUUGGGAACGACAAGCGCAAAAUUCGAAGGGGGCGGACUUUUGAGCGCGAUCAGCCAGAACAUAGCCUCGAGGCACGAGAAUCUCAUGAGGCAGCUUGCGCAUGCGUGCAAACUAGCCAAUGCCCGCUACGGCUAUCUCCAGACUGACGGCGAGCUUGUUGCCUGUCGCUUCAGCUGCACGGGUACGGUUUGGGAGGCAGAAUUCAUGCCUAUCCCUAUGGAACUUCAUGGAGACAACGCUAUGACAACGGAGUUGGCUGUUUGGUGGAUGGCCAUGUUAGCCCUGUCAGACAUAAGUGACUCCGCCAUCGAGGCCAACAACGACCACCAGGCGGAUGUUGCCUAUCCGGACGUCAACCCAGGCCUCCCAAGUGGCCCGAACAUGGGAUCAUAUCUCAGCAACGCAAGCUUCACAAGUGCCCCGGAUAUGGGGUCCCAGGACAACAACGCAGGCGUCGGUGGUAUCCCCAACGUUGCCAGUUGCAACGCAAGCUUCCCAAGUGGCACGAACACGGGACCCGCAGAGAACAGCAUCGAGUUUGCAAGCGACGUGCAACUUGACGAUGUCUUCUGCUUGGAGGAGAUGGAGAUUGACGAGUUUCAGGGUUGUUCAUUCCAACAGUCCUCAUCAAACUGA